AUGAUCACCGGCCUUGCACACAUCAACCUGCUUGUCCCGCAGGGGACCUUGGACCAAGCCUACACGUUCUACGGAGAAACACUCGGUCUUUAUGCUGCGCCGGUUCCCGAGCGCCAGAAAGGCACCAUUGCCUGGUUCAACUUGACAGAUGACCCCAAACCACAACAAAUCCACGUCGCGUUCGGCACGAAUGAGUCCGAUUCGCCACGACACCCGUGUUUUCGCAUCGAAUCGAUGGAAUCACUACAGGCGUUGCGACAGCGUCUCUGGGAGCACCAUUUGAAGGGAGAUGCUGCGGCUCCAAUGCAUGUUGAUAAGCCGGGGGAGAAAAUUUCUGGCCCGUCUGGAUUUGAAUACCCAAACCGAUUUUUUGCCAGAGAUUUUGCCGGGAAUUUGCUCGAGUUCAGUGUGUGA